AUGCUGAUCCUUCCCUCCAUCCUCCCUGUGCCGGAUUCUCCACGCACCCUACCUUCCAAUACCUACAUUGAUGGCACCAAACCCGACGGUCAGAGUGUCACGCGUGCGACCGUGUCACUGGACUUAAUGCUCGAGGAAUUUGCCCUACUCGAUUCACACGUUGCUGCUGCGAAGUCGGCGUUUACGACGAUGUGUUCCCAACCUGCCGCCUCCACCUCGGCCUUCAACCUCGUUGACCUUGUUACCACUGGCGCAGCGGACCGUAUCCAGUCGCUUUUGUCCAAACACCCGAUGGAAUUUGGUCUGCAAGUACGUUCGCUUGCGUCGUCGACGCCGGUCAUGCUGCUCCACCUUACCCGCCUCCGAAUGCUCUGCCGAUGGAUGCGCACGACGUGGGGGCCAUCUACACCUUUUGCUACCCUGUAUCACAAUGUCUUCAAUCACGCAUACUCCAUCCACGCCCUGGGCCUCGACAUUACGUCGGUAGUACGGUCAUCGUCACUGGACGAGAUUUACGGUCGAGGGUGGUACAACCACCGCAAGGGUUUCCAACGCGUUGACCUGGAUAUUGCCGCUAAGGAAAACGCUAUCGCACAGCCAUUCACCCUGAGCCCAUCACCCCUGCAUGCUCGCCCGGCUGGCGUUAACAAGCGUCAAUGCAUCCCACCACCAACGCUACCACGAUGGACUCGGGUGCCACGGGGUCACGGCGCCGUUAGCCGCUCUGGGGCGUCUGCAUCGCCGCAACGCCCAUGGCAAUCGCCGAAUAUGUUUGACGCACUGCGUGAACACAUCGUGGUCACACCAACUCAACUGGUGGAUUCGUCCACUAACAACAUGCUGAUCCUUCCCUCCAUCCUCCCUGUGCCGGAUUCUCCACGCACCCUACCUUCCAAUACCUACAUUGAUGGCACCAAACCCGACGGUCAGAGUGUCACGCUCGGCGUUUACGACGAUGUGUUCCCAACCUGCCGCCUCCACCUCGGCCUUCAACCUCGUUGA